UUCAUGUUGGUCUCGGUGACCGGUCCGUACCUGCUUCAGUGUGCUGGUGAGAAAGUAGAUGAGCGACAAGCCGAAGACGACCCCCAGCACCCAUCGCUUCCUCAGCAACCGCCGGAGAACCAUCAUGAUGACAUGGCCUUCUGCUCAGAGACACUCCGGCUCGUAAACGUGUAACAGCGAGCUACGAUGGAGCGGCUGACCAGUUACCCCAUGGUACCACACCGAGGACUGAAACACGACUGUUUGUUUACAUGCCGCAGCAAAGGACGGCUUUGUUAGCCUGACGCUAGCUGCUGUUAGCUUUAGCUGGUUGUGUGAACCGUCAGUCACGCUGCACGUAGCGGGGAUACUUGAACUUUAAGCGAGUCACUGCGAUUCUACUUAUCAGUCGCCCAAAAAAUAAAACCUCGAGUUUAAGGACGGGGAGAGCAAAAAGCGUGUAUAUCCGCCGGAGCUGGACUUCCGCCACGAAAACGACUGCUUCCGGCUGGGGGCGGUGACGCGGACGCUGAUUGGUCGCGGCGCUUGAUUGAUGACAGCAUACCGGAAGCUGCUCCGGUAGCUUCGCGCAGCAUCUUCCAGCAUCGUCACACCUGGACACACGAUGACAAAGGCUGAGGGGCUGAUCUACCAACUCACCCAGGGCCGGUGCAGGUGUUGAUGCCAUGCAGAGGAGACACAGCAGCAACACGGAGGGCAUGCCUCAGGACAGGGGUCGCAGCCAAACUCUGGGUUCAGAGAGCAGCCUGGAUGAGGGCGGUGUGUUCGACUGCCUGAAGCCCGAGUCGCCCACAUCCCCUCAGCAGCUCUUCUCUGGCCUGGUGGGUGUCCCCUCUGGUUCCGUCUCCUCUGCUCAGUUCCAGGCCGCUAGCUUGGUUCUGGGAUCCCCUCCGGAGGUUUUCAUCCAGAUGACGGCGUCGUCCAGAGAGGAGGGCCCCCACCGCUCCGAGGCGGUCCCUUUCCUGCCUCGCCCGCCCCACCACCAUCACCACCACCACCACCACUUCCAUCACCAGCCUCUCCAGCACCGGACCUCUCUGCUCCAGCAGGCUACCUCGGCCGCUGGCGCCGAGAGGCACGGCUCCAGGGAGGAGGCCCCGGACGAGCAGUCCACGCCGGCGCCGGCCAUGUCUGAGCUGAAGGCGGUGGUGACCUGGCUGCAGAGGGGCUUCCCCUUCAUCCUCAUCCUGCUGGCCAAAGUCUGCUUCCAGCACAAACUGGGAAUUGCUGUGUGUGUCGGGAUGGCCAGCACAUUUGCCUACGCCAAUUCAACGUUCAAACACCAGGUGUCGCUUCGGGAGAGCCGCUCGGUGCUGGUGUCUCUGUGGAUCCUGCUCUUCCUCUCCGGAAACGUGGCCUAUGUCUACUUUACCUUCAGCAACGAGGAGCUGCACAACAGUCUCAUAUUUGCGAUGCCGAACUUAAACCACUUCGACUUCUUUGACCUGAUCUGGACUGUGGGCAUCACAGACUUCGUCCUCAAGUUCUUCACCAUUGGACUCAAGUGUCUGGUGCUGUUCCUGCCCAAGAUCCUGCUGGCCUUCAAGUCCAGGGGGAAGGUGUACCUGCUGAUCGAGGAGCUGAGUCAGCUGUACCGCGCCCUGGUUCCCAUCCAGCUGUGGUACAAGUACAUCAUGGCGGAAGACCCCCCCACCAGCUACUUCCUGGGGGCCACGCUCAUCAUCAUCUACAGCCUCUGCAAGUCCUUCGACAUCUGCGGCCGCGUGUCGGCCAUACGGAAGUCUCUGGUCCUGAUCUGCAGCACCCAGAGCUUCGGCGUGAGAGCGAGCGGCCAGAUGUGCAGCGAGGCCGGGGACAUGUGCGCCAUCUGUCAGGCGGAUUUCAAAGACCCCGUGGCUCUGCUCUGUCAGCACGUCUUCUGCGAGGAGUGUCUGUGUCUGUGGUUCGACCGCGAGAGGACGUGUCCGCUGUGCCGCUCCACUGUGGUGGAGGUGCCGCGCUGCUGGAAGGACGGGACCACCUCGGCCCACUUCCAGAUCUACUGAGGCAUCAGCCCACUCACACUGGCGCACAACUGCACUUCACCUCACAUCUUUAUUUGACCUUGUGUGACCCACCCACAUACAUACUUUCUGAUGUAACAAGUCGUUCAUUCCAAAAUAAAAGCCUCUCCACUGACAGAUCACUUCUUUUAUU